GCGCGCUGACGGAAGGGGGAAGGCGGCGCCGAGGUCGCCGAGCCGGCUGGUGCUGGCUGCGGCGGGUUUGUUGUUUUUGUCUGUCUGUCGCCAUGUUGGGACCGGCUGCUUUGUUGUAAAGGAGGAGCAAGGGAGGGAGAAGAGGGUGCCGUCGGCGUUGGGGACACAACAAAAGGCGGGGCGAGUUUAAAAUCAAAGACAUAACGGUAGUUGGGGUGGGGGGGCAGAAAUUCCUUCGACAUCCGAAGGAGCGAUUUUAUUUUCCCGCUCAGGAAAAGGAAAGGAAAGAAUCAAUCUCGGGGGCGCAAGGAUGAAAGUGAACCUCGGCGACCGUUAGGGAUAGUGGAAGUGGAACGGAGCCGGGCCGAGCCAUGCCAUACCCUGCUGCAAAUCCAGGAUCUCUGCAGCUCCAGACUCACAAACAUUAUGGCAUUACAUCUCCAAUUAGUUUGGCUUCACCAAAAGAAAAUGAUUAUGUGCUUACUCAGAAACUCAUUGAAGCAUUGAAACCUUUUGGAGUCUUUGAAGAGGAAGAGGAGCUGCAGCACAGAAUUGCAAUUCUGGGAAAACUUAAUAGCUUAGUUAAAGAGUGGAUCCGGGAUACCAGUGAAAUUAAGAAUCUUCCAUCGUCUGUAAUAGAGAAUGUUGGUGGAAAAAUCUUUACAUUUGGUUCCUACAGAUUAGGGGUGCAUACAAAAGGUGCUGAUAUUGAUGCUCUGUGUGUUGCACCUCGCCACAUUGAAAGAGUUGACUUCUUCACGUCCUUUUGUGAAAAGCUGAAGCAGCAAGAUGAAGUGAGGAACUUGCGGGCUGUUGAAGAUGCUUUUGUACCAGUAAUUAAACUAUCUUUUGAUGGUAUAGAGAUUGAUAUUUUAUUUGCAAGAUUGGCACUUCAGACAAUCCCUGAAGAUUUGGAUCUUCGAGAUGAUGUGCUACUUAAAAACUUGGACUUGAGAUGCAUUAGAAGUCUUAAUGGUUGCAGAGUCACUGAUGAAAUAUUACAUCUAGUACCAAACAUUGAAAAUUUUAGGCUGACGUUGAGAGCAGUUAAAUUAUGGGCCAAACGCCACAACAUUUACUCAAACAUACUAGGCUUUCUGGGUGGCGUGUCAUGGGCAAUGUUGGUGGCAAGAACAUGUCAAUUGUACCCCAAUGCUGUUGCUUCCACUCUUGUACACAAGUUCUUUUUGGUAUUUUCAAAAUGGGAAUGGCCUAAUCCUGUCUUGUUAAAACAGCCAGAGGACUGCAAUCUGAAUCUACCAGUGUGGGAUCCACGGGUUAACCCAAGUGAUAGAUACCAUCUCAUGCCAAUAAUCACGCCAGCUUAUCCACAACAAAACUCUACAUACAACGUCUCUGCAUCUACACGUGCAGUGAUGAUGGAGGAGUUUAAGCAGGGUCUUUCGAUCACAGAUGAAAUUUUAAUGGGUAAAAUGGAGUGGUCCAAACUCUUUGAAGCUCCAAACUUCUUUCAGAAGUACAAGCAUUACAUUGUGCUGCUAGCAAGUGCCCCAACGGAAAAACAGCACUUAGAGUGGGUGGGCUUGGUGGAAUCCAAAAUCCGAAUCCUUAUUAGCAGCUUAGAAAAGAAUGAGUUCAUUACUCUGGCUCACGUUAAUCCACAGUCAUUCCCAGCUCCCAAAGACAAUCCUGAUAAGGAUGAAUUCAGCACAAUGUGGGUCAUUGGAAUAGUUUUUAAGAAAGUGGAAAACGCUGAGAAUCUGAGUGUUGACCUCACUUAUGACAUUCAGUCAUUCACAGAUACUGUUUAUAGACAAGCAAUGAACAGCAAAAUGUUUGAAGCAGAUAUGAGGAUUGCAGCAAUGCACGUGAAAAGGAAACAGCUCCAUCUGCUUCUACCGAGUUAUGUCCAGCAAAGAAAGAAAAAGCAUUCAUUGGAGGGGAGCAAAGCCAACUGUGACGAUGAAAAUAGCAUGGAGGCUUCUCUGGACAGUGACCACAGCCUGCUAGUGCCUUCUAGUCCACUACAGAAUGCCAGCAGCCCACAGAGUCCUGUUGCUGCAGCAUUGUCAGUGAAUGCAAGCAUUGUUCAGAAUUCAGAAACACAGCUGGAAUCGGAGACUAGUCCUUCAAAAAGAAAUUCAAUUCCCAGCUCAGGGGGCUCAUCUUCGUCAACCAGUGAACACAUUCCUCAGGCCUCUUCCGUACCUACUUCUGUCACACAGCCAAAGUCAGUAGUCAGCAGGCUUUUAUCUACAUGUGUCAGCAGUCAGCCCCCAAAUGCACCCACAAAAGAAUCCAGCCCUGUUACCUCUGGGAGAAAGAGACCAGCAUCACCAACGACAAAUGAAUCUGCAAAGAAGGAGGAACCUUCGACAAAUGGUGUGACUAUUGAUCAAAAUCCAUCACAAAACUUGAGAGUAUCUACACCAACAUCUGAAAUUUCACCAAAGAGAAAGAAACUAGAUGGAUCUGGCUGUGUGAAGGAACAAGGUGACUGUUCAAGUCCUGUUGGUGAGAAAAAAAUCGAUGAAAAUAUGAAGGACAUUGAGUCUGAAGAAAAGCUGGUGCCAGUCACAUCUAAGGCUCCUGCCUCACAGGAACCAACGAGCACAGAACUUUCUGAUGUCUCUUCCCUUCCUGUAAAUCCUGUUCCAGUAGUUAAAAAUUCGAUAAAGCUGAGGCUGAAUCGGUAGACCUGCUACCACUCCCGGGGCCAUAGAAAUCAAAAAUAACCAGGACAGACAAAGACAGAGACAGACACAAACACAGACAUAGACAUAGAUGCGCAUAUACAUGGAAACAAAACAUCUACCGGAAGAGUCAUCUGAUCACUGGCUACAGCUUCCUCCAUGGAAAAAUUUUAAAAGUUUUUUGAACGCAGGUGAUUGUGAUAUAUGGUGAAGUUGGACGAUAAAGGCUGUAGAUUUUUUUUAAAAACAUGUCCUAUAAGACUUGAUCAUUGUUGAAUCUGGAGUCUAGUAGAACUCAACCAGUAAAAACGAUGCACUGCGGACUGACUGGUCAUGCAGAGAGUGCAUCAUGGCGGAGUACUGCUAAUGUGUUGGCAACAGUUACGUUAGUUGAAACUUUUUCUGAAAACCUUUUUUCUUUUCCUAUUAUCUUUGCUCUUAAACGCCCUUGCAAUUGUGAAAAGGUUUUUAAUUUUUUUGUUGACCAAUUGUUUAGUCAUAUGGGCAUUAUUUGUGAAUUUAGGUUAGUGAUGGUAUUGAGAGACAUUUAAUAUUGAUGGAUUCUUGCAACAGACCAUGCUGUUAUUGAUUUCAGGGCACUUAUUCUAUAUCAUCCCCCUAUUUCUUUUCCUAGUAGCAACUAAAAAUUCGGAACUUUGUUUCUGGGGCAUCGUACGACCUGGAAAGGGGGCGGUAGCUUCUGAGUUUUUUUUCCCCAAUUGCUUCCAUUGUUUUUGUGCUGCUUUCUUGACAAAUUAGAUAUUCAUUUGACUAUUUAAUUCCUGUUUAUGCCACUAUCAGGGACUGUUUGGGACUUAUUUUGCUUCUGCUAAAUUUAGGAUGGUGGAUGUCAUAUUUGGACACUGGAUGUUUCCUUUUGGAGUUGAUUUCAAAUCAAGUCUUAGUGGGUGGAAUUUAAUAUCUGCUGCCACUGAGAUGAGUCACUGCUUUACCAGUUCCUUGUCAAUUUGAAAUACCAUGUAAAACUCAUCCAUAUUUGACAUUGAUUGAACUCAUCUGUAUUUACAUUGAAUGAAACUCCAUAGUGAUUUGCUCCUGCUUGGGAAAAGCAGGCUUUUGUGCUCUGCAUGGCUCAUGGGUUUGCAAACUGCAUGGCUGUUAUGCAUCCCUGAAGCAUGUGUCCCCUCUUGUUUAACCAAGAAACUGGUGUUUGUCUUUCACCUUUGUCUACAUUAAUCCAUUUGACCCUGGAAAAUCAGCAUUCUCAUUGGGCUAACACUUUUCAUUCAAAUAUCCCCAGUACACAAGCAAGUCAGUUCCUUUCCAUAAAUGCUACUAUUAGCAAUACAUUUUAAAACUAAAACCUCCUUUGGAUCAAUGCAAAAGCACUUUUUAGUUUGCUGGUCCUCCACUAUAUGUCACUUCUCAAUCCCUCUAGAACAGAUGUGUGAAAUGAAUAUUCUCCAGGUAUGUGAUGUCAAGUAACUUAAUCUCUGUACAACGAGCCAACUAAUGUACACUUUUGCCACCAAAUUAAAUGAUGAAAUAUCUUAUUGCUGCUUUUAUGAUUUGGGAUGUGUUAUGACAACCUGAGAUCUGCAUGAUCUGGCAACAUGAUUGAAAAGCAAACUCUUCCUUAGAUUUAAUGCAUUCAACCAGGUCAGAAAUGAUAAGUUUUACAUAACCUUUUGGUCAGUCCAGCUAGUGCUUGCUUACGGAACCAAAAUUAUGGAGCUACUUUCUGUGCUGGGCAAGCAGGUUCUGUAAAUCAAUCAUGUGCGUUUAUUUAAAGGAAAAUGUAGAAAAAGAACGUGAUUCAAAUGUUGCCGUGUUUGAACUUGAGCUUGUUAAUAUGAACAGGCUGUUGGCUCAGUCCGUGACCAUUUCACUUAGAGCCAGAACUAAAUCAGGCAUAUCAGCUACUGGUGGAUAGGGAUCAGUAUUUUGUGGCAGUCCAUUGUAUAACUUCAGUCAUUGAAUUUUUAAUGAGAUAGCAGAGGAUUUCCUCUGUGAAUUGUGCUUGCAUAAAUUUAAACAAUUUCUCAGUUUUUUUCAUCUGUUGCAUUGUGACAUUGUAAACUUGUUGGCAAUGGGAAAGUCCUUCCAAACAUACCGAUUGUAUUUUAUAGUUUUAAUUUAUUAGAUUUAAAUUGUUUGUUUCCCAAAUGCUCUUCCAAAACACAACAUUGCAGACAGUCUAAAACUUUACCAUGAGCUGAACAGUUGAAAUUUUCAAAUUCUAUUAGUUUGUAGUAUGGGCAUUGGAUCUGCUAACUGACCUGUUGAAAUUUGAAAAAGAACAGAGCUUCAUUUGAAAUAACUUUUUAGAUAAAGUGUACAUGCUUCAUUUCUCCCUUGUCCUUUCGACAACCUGUAUUUUUUCCUACCAAGGAAAUAUUUCUGAUUUGAGGUGGUUGACUCCCUCUCGUACAGCUAACUAUGUAUCUUUGUAAAAUACAUAAAUUCAAAUGGCUGUCCUCACUGUUAAGUUUUACAGGAGUUUAUUUUCAAGUAUUUUAAUUUUGGGUGUACUGCAAGUGGUAAAAGACUGUUAACAAAUCGUCUUAUCAAAUCCUUUCUGAAGAGGAUGUCCCCGAAAGUUCCAGGCUUUCACUUUUAAUUGUGCUGUCAUGUAAAUUUCUGAUUUUUCCACAUUUUGAUACGUAUGAUAUGCAUAAUAAAGCAAAAUAUUUGACUCUCGAGGGAAAAUGGGAAAAAACCAUUAAAACUUAAGUGGUGAACACCAAUGUCGGCUCCACCGGAAGCAGAUGUGCUUGCAGUUUGAGUGCCUUGCUUUCACAAGUUUGGAUAUCAAAUUAUUGGAUAUGUCUACUGACCAACUCUUCAACUUCAGCUUCAAAAUUAUUCUGCUUGCAUGUUUUAAAAAAGUGCUAACCAUUUAAAGAAAAAUUUGAGGUUUUAUUCCUUUUCAAUAUGUCUGUUAGAAAGAAAAGUAUGGAGAAGGAUAACGAGAGUUGCAAUUCCCUCUUCCAGUGAAAUGGAGUUCCUCAAUUCUUUGUCUUUCUUUCAUCAUUGUCCUGGGAACUAGAAUGGUUUUGAUUUUUUAGCAACAAACUGUUAAAGGUUAUGGAAGUUUUGCCAUUGCAGAGAUUGGAACCAUUCUUUUGAAUGGGUUUUACACAGAAUAAAUCCAGAGGUUUCUUGCUUCAGAGCAUUGGAAGGAAAAAUAUUGAUCCUGGCCUUUCCCAUCCAAGGAAAUAAUUGCAUGUCUGUAGUAGAGAGGAAAUUUUCCAAAUUUUAGAUGGGAGAAAUGAAAUGUAUACUCUGACCUUGAAAGUGUUUGCAUAGUUGACUGUACUAUAUAUAAUGUCUGGUUUGGGUUACUUUUUGCCAUGCAUUUUAUGUAAAGCCAAUUUUUAAGGCUUUGGGGGACACAAUGAAUUUUAUUGCCAAUAUUCUUCGAAAUUGGGUUGAGGAGGAAACACUUUAAACACAACUAAGAUAUACAGCAUAUAACAGGGAGAAAUAUUUUGCAGUUUAGUUGAUGCAUCCCCCCCCCCCCCCCCCCGCCCCCCAGCCAUUUGAGUUACGAAUGGCAGUUCCAAUGUAUAUGUGUGUUUGCAUUGCCUGGUCCAGGAACCGAGUUUUCGUACUUGCUGAUUUAUAUAUUGAUAUUGGAGAAGGUUGAUUUACCCUUUCCAUUCAUUAAUAACAUACUUUUUAAGUUUGCUCCCUUUUGGAUGCAUUUAAAAUAGAGCCGAAUGGAACUCUUUCUAUACUCCCCAACCCAGGCCAAAUAACUUCAACAUUUUUUCCAAACAUUCCUACUAAGAAAAUAUUAGUUAUAUAUCUGCCUUUCCUGGAUAACGAGAAUAUUUCUUGUAUGUGCUGAUGACAACCCAUUUUUAGGUUUGCAGUAGGUGACCAGAUGGCGGAUUGCCUAUUAAAUUUGGUAACACUGGGUCCUUUUAAUAUAGCAGCAACAAAUUAUAUGGAAGUUUUCAAUGGUGCUAGAUAUAAUAUCUGCCCAGGCUUUCAUGAGUGCUCUGUUUCAGUGUGUUUAAGCCAACUAUGUUUAAUGAAACCUUUGUACGUGUUGCUUCUGUUUUGAAUGCUUUUGUCUGCUGAUGGUUCCAUUGCCACACUGCAUGAAUAAUGGUUGUGAAACAGUUCUUUCUAUAAACCAGCGUUUUAAAAAAAAAAUUUCAUUUGAAUGAAUUGGUGCUGGACUGACCUGUUCCCAUUUAGCAGGGUAAUCAUUAACUGGCUUUUAAUGAAUCAAAGUUUUUAAACAUCAAAAGGUUUCACAGUUGUCACUCUUCAGGAAUCAAAACGUUUGUUUACCUGCCUGACUGUGAAAUCAAACUGUCACAAAUUGUGAUUGGGUGGGUUAUUUGUGGACAAGCAAGAAUUGGAAAAGCUUCUAUGUGAAUACAACAUCAUUCUGCCAAGAUGAGUGCUAAACUAUUUUAUUUUUUCACUGUUGGUGAACUCGUCAUAGUUUUCCCUUCCUCACAGUUUAACUGUUGCUUUCGCAGGCUGUACUCUGCGGCUCACAGAUGGAGUUCUGUUUUUUUCAUAGUGUCUGUACACUAGUAAUUUUCAGAAGCUAUUUUGUAUAGAGAUGUAUUUCUUCAUUUAAAAUAAAGAAAAUAAAAAUGCAGCACAAAA